ACUUCACUUGAGUCACGUGGUCGUAUAGGCGUCUGAAGCAUGUCUGCCUCCAUGAAUGCAAUGCUGCUGUAAUCUUCAUCACAGAUUAUCAUUUUGUGUGAAUUUUCGGAAAUAUUCAGGGACAUAUUUUAUGAAAGCACGGAAGAUUUGGUAUCAUGAAGACAUUUUGCGGCCGCGCAAAUCCUACCACAGGCGCUCUUGACUGGGUGGAGGAAAGUGAAGAAUAUGAUUAUCAUCAAGAGAUUGCGAGGUCCUGUUAUGCUGACAUGUUACAUGACCGGGACAGAAACGUGAAGUACUACCAAGGCAUCAAAGCUGCAGUUGAGAGGGUAAAGGCUCGUGGGGAGAAGGUUAUUGUCCUCGACAUUGGCACUGGAACUGGUCUGUUGUCCAUGAUGGCUGUCACUGCUGGAGCGGAUUACUGCUAUGCAGUGGAGGUUUUCAAGCCCAUGGCUGAUGCUGCAAUCUCAAUUGUAAAGAAAAAUGGAUUUGCUGACAAAAUCAAGGUUAUCAAUAAACAUUCCACAGAAGUCACAGUGGGUCCAGAUGGAGACAUGCUCACAAGAGCUAAUGUCCUUGUCACUGAGCUAUUUGACACAGAGUUGAUUGGAGAAGGAGCCUUGCCCAGCUAUGAACAUGCCCAUACGCACCUAGUCCAGAGAGGCUGUGAGGCGGUGCCCCAUCGCGGCACCGUAUACGCCCAGCUGGUGGAGUCCGAAAGGCUGUGGAGCUGGACACAGCUGCAGCCCGUCGAGGUUGACGAUGACAAGCGUCUGAUGCCGCCCUCAGCCGUGGGUUGCUGCGCUGGAGCGCCCUCCGUCUGCGACAUUCAGCUCAGCCAGGUGCCUCCGCACUCUUUCACGCCACUCGGACCCCUCUGCACCAUGUUCAGUGUGGACUUCAGCCAGCCUGUCAGCAGUGCCUCACAGUCCUAUUCAUGCAAGUUCCAAGCCCAGGCCAGCGGACAAGCUCAGGUCAUCUUGUCCUGGUGGGACAUAGACAUGGACCCAGAGGGGAGCAUCGUGUGCUCCAUGGCCCCUAGCUGGACCUAUUCAGACCCUCAGGAGUGUCCUUGGCGGGAUCACUGGAUGCAGAGUGUCUACUUCCUCCCAUCUGAGAUGACCGUGAGAGAAGGGGAGGAGGUUAGUCUCAUUGUGAACCAUGAUGACUACAGCCUCUGGUAUAACCUCUCCUGCAGCCAACAGAGCAGUGUGGAGAGGUCAUUGGAUCGGCCCAUGUGUACCUGUCAGGCCCACUUAGUGUGGACACGACCUCGCUUUGGAGAACUGAAUGACCGACACAGAAACGAGAGCUACAUCAGUGCUCUACGUAGUGUGUUAAAACCUGACAGCAUUUGUCUCGGUGUGAGUGAUGGAAGUUUGCUUCCACUUUUUGCUUCCAUGCUUGGUGCUCAAAAGGUGUUCACUAUUGAAAACUCUGGCAUGUCCCGUCAAGUGAUUGAACAGAUCCUCGAGUUCAACUCCCUGAAGGGCAAGGUCCAGGUGUUAGGGAUGCGACCUGAACAGGUCACAUCUGCAGACCUAGACGGCCAACAGGUGUCAGUGCUCGUAGGAGAGCCGUACUUCAGCACCACCCUGCUGCCCUGGCACUCUCUGUUCUUCUGGUACUGCCGCACUGCUUUAGCCCAGCUGCUCCAACCCAACGCCACCAUCCUGCCCAGGUCUGCCACACUCUACAUGAUGGGAGUCGAGUUUCGGGACCUGUGGAGAAUAAGAGCUCCCUGUGGCACGUGUGAAGGCUUUGAUGUGGGACCUAUGGAUGAGAUGGUCCAGCAAUCUUUGGACUUCCGUGAGUCACGCGAGGCAGAACCACAACCCCUGUGGGAGUACCCUUGUCGCGCCUUGACUGAGCCUCGCCCCGUCAUGACCUUUGACUUCCAGCAGUGUGUUCCCGAGCAACCGGUCAGCAGCCAGGGGUCAGUGCCACUCCUGAGGAGAGGAUGCUGCCACGGAGUUGCUCUAUGGAUGGAAUUCCAACUGACAGACGAUGUCACCCUGAGCAUGGGCUUAGUGGAACCGGUCAGUGAAGAGGGUGCCUGUGAAUGGAGUCCCCACAGAAAGCAGGGUGUGUACUUUCUGAGGUCAGCAUGGGAGAGCUCAGGAGACGAGAGAGCUGCGGUGUCCUACAAUCUGACCUUUGACCCCAGCAUAGGUGACAUCAAGAUGGACUUUUCUGUUGCUUUGCCUUAAUAGCCUUCAGUGCACAGCCUUGAAGUGCAUGAACUGCAGUCUUAUGGUGGGAAAAACAAAUGGAUAACUACCAAAGAUUAAGAUCUCACAUUCAGAUUUUUUAAGUAUUUAUUUCAGUCUCUGUACUUUUCUCUCCAGUCUCAUGUUGAAAACCUCUUUAAUAAUCCAUUUUUUUUCUCUGAAAAUAUUGACUUACCUAUAACAUUUUUGUACCAGUUCAAGUUGGCUAUGACGCUGUGGUUUUGACAAAGAUGAACAAAUAUUAAAAUAGGUUGUGUUUUGUAGUGGAAAGAGUGGCGUGUGAAUUGAUUAUGCAAAAUACAUCAAAGG